AUGCCCAAGGCGACCCGCGAGUCGACACCCCGCGCACACCCGUACGCCACGCGCGACGACGAGGCCAAGCUCGAGCUCCCUGGCCCCGGUUUGACCGAGCACAACCUCAAGGUAUUCCAGGCGCAGCUGCUCGCGAGCUCUCGCGCGCCACCGUCGAGCGCGGUCAACACGUCCCAGGGCUCGGCGGCCACGCCCACCCCGGCGCCGAAGGAGAAGAAGGCCAAGGUGACCAAGGACGUCAAGCCCAAAGUCAAGGCCGAGCCCAAGGCCAAGGAAGACAAGGGCACGCCGAAGGGCGGGUACGACCGCGCCCUGCUCGUGAGCGAGGUCAGCAAGGUCAACUUUCCACUCGGCGUCUGUAGAGCUGACAGCCAGGCAACCAAUGCCAAUUACACGGCCCUCGCUGCCGAGGUCGGCAAGACGGCGACGCAAUGCAAGGACACAUGGCGCAAGACUGUCUUCCCCGCACUCCUCGCGGGGCGCGAGUGGGCGACCGACGGCGCGGGCUGGAGCGGCGCAAUGAAGCGCAAGCUCGUCGCCGAGGUGCUGGGUACGGCCAAGCCGGCGUGGGAGGACGUGGCGCGUCAGUUCCCGGAGCGCACCAAGACGCAGGUGGUCGACGUGUGGCGCAAGGUCGUGCUGCCCCGUCUCCUCAAGGGCCAGCCGCUGGCGUAG